AUGCUGCUUAACAGGUCACCCACGUUGUUCGAAAAUCACACGGACCAAGUGCCUGCGCGUUUAGAGAUAGACGAUCCUUUCCUAGAUUUUGAGGGGUUAGAAAACAUUUCAAACGAUGAGAUCGCUGACUUGUGUUUAUUAAUAAACAGUGAAGAAGAUGUUCCUUCUCAAUCAUACACGUCUCAAAAAGAAUGGAACCUCAACCAGUCUUCUAAAGAGAUUGACGCCUCACUGGACUUGAUAACUCUUCAACCAUCAAUGAUAUUGCCUUCACAACGCAUGGAGACUGAUAGUGAAGUUCUUGAUCUUCACUUAUUGAUGGCUUACUGCGAAGCCAUGGAGAAGGAGCUCAUAGUGCUUGCUGAUGCCAUUCGCAAGCGUCUUAUCCAGAAAGCAAACCCUACUGGGGAUAUCACUGAGCGCUUACUAUAUUAUUUAUUUCAAACCCACCACAAGCAAUUGGACUACUUGAAACAAGAGUGCAUGAAGAGCUUUUGUGUGUGCUUCAGAGCAUUCUAUCACUUAUUCCCAUAUGGGGUGUUUGCUCACUUCGCAGCCAACUCAGUGAUCCUCAAUGCAAUACGUCAAAAAGCAGACUCUAUUCUCAUAUUCGACUUUGAUAUAGGAAAUGGGGUGCAAUGGUCAUCGUUGUUGAUGGCUUCUGAGCUUCAACACAAGGAACUGAGAAUAAUAUCUAUAAGAUGGAGUAAUGUAGAAUCUUGGAGAGAAGAUCCUUCUAAAUAUUUUUCAUUUGAGGAGAUGAAAAACCAGCUCUACGACCAUGCAAGAGCUUUUGAUCUCAAAUUGACAGUGGAAGACAUAGAACUAUGUAACAUCAAGAAAAUGAAGAAAAAAUGUAUUGCUAAAAGAGGUGUUUGUGUAUUUAAUUGCAUGGUAAACCUUCCACACAUGAUGAAGGGGAGAAAUAAGAAAGAUGUUAUGGAGUUUAUGGAGGUGGCUGAACAAUUUGCGUGUGAUAGUCACAAAGUUGUCAUAACUUUUGGCGAUGGGGAUGCAUGUGAUGAAAGUUACGAAAAUCAAGAGGGUUUGUGUUCUUUCUUCGAAAACAAUAUUUCGCACUACCAAGCUAUUUUAGAAUCAAUGGAUCACACCUUCUCAAAGAAUCUUGACGCAGCAAAAACAGCAAUGGAGUGUCUUUUUGUUGCUCCUUUUGUCUCUUUGAAUACAUGGAUGCAGAAGUGGCAGUUUCAAAAAGAGUUUCAAUGGGAACCUGUAUUUCAGGCUUGGGAAGUGAAGGAGGAGAUCAUCCUUGAAAGCAAACUAAUGAUAAGAGAAGGUGAUGGUAUGCAUCAAGUUAAAGUUGAAGGAGACGGUAAGAAUCAAAUCGUUUUGCUAUGGAAAAAACAUCCUUUGGUUAGAGUCUCUUUUUGGAAAAGCUGA